AUGAGCACUCGCCGGGGCAUCCACGAAACCCCAGACGUCGAGAGAAUGUCGUCUCCGCCAUUGACCCCUCCCAGAGAGAAGCCAACUUCGAGGAAAGAGUACAGGUUUCGCGUGACCGGCACGCCCUGCGAAUGGGCCGAGUCUUACCGACUUGGCGGAUUCCAUCCUGUACACUUCGGCGACGUUUUCAAAGGUCGAUACGAAGUGAUACGAAAGCUCGGAAACGGAUCUUUUGGCACGUUUCUCCACAGCAAUGGAGUGGUACAUGGAGACCUUCAAUUUGGCAACAUCCUUUUCGCUCUGCAAGACCUUUCGACCAUUGGACCUGAGAAGCUUAAGCAAGACGAAAGUACCUCCAGGAUCAAUUAUCUGCAUCGCAUUGACGGCAAACCCGACAAGUGGGCACCCAAGUAUCUGGCAGCAUCCCAACCCCUAUCAAAGUACACUAUGAAAGAGCCUAAUGAUGACACAAAACUCUCUGAUUUGUGUGGAGCGUUCUUUAUCAAUGAGCCUCCCGAGAAGAUUGUUACACCGAUGUCGCUCCGUGCGCCCGAGUUGAUUCUUGGUGAGCCUUUCAGCAUCGGUGUUGAUAUCUGGAGCUUCGGCUGUCUUCUGUUCGAGAUUGUCACUGGCACAUCCCUUGUCCAGCUACCCCCGUUCGGUCUGAGCGACGAGGCUCUGAAGGAUGAGCACCUGAUUCAGUUAACCGAUAUCAUUCAACCUCUGCCUGAGAACCUGAUCGAAAAAUGGCCUGCUUCGGAUUUUGAUGAAGAUGAUUUAGGCGAAGGAGAUGACGGUCACGAGGAUACAGAGGGGGACGUCGUUGGCUUUAACGACAAUGACGACUUUGGCUUCGACAUUGGAGAGCGGAUUCCACCGCAAACGCUGGAUUCCCUCGAAAAGCUAAUCAGCGACAACAAGGCAGCCGAUGUUGAUGAAGCCGAGGAAAAGAAGAUGACGUCAUUGCUGCGGUCUAUAUUCCAGUAUAAUCCCGCAAGACGACCUUCCGCCGCAGAUCUGCUGGAGCAUGCGUGGCUCAAAGGUUGA